AUGGCGAACACUGGUUCUGCUCCACUGCUCACGCUCGAUCUUCUUUUGUUUUCAUCAGUAUCGCGCGUCAACAUCCUCGCGGCUCGUCUUUUGCAGAAGUGCGCCCGUGCGGCCGCAAGUCCUGCAAUGUUCAAUGCCAAUGCACUUGCCGACGACUUUCCUAUUCCUACUCGUGCUCCUAUUUUAGGUUCAGAGCCUGGUUUUCGUAUUAGCAAGUCCUGCAAUGUUCAUCAAUCUUUCCACGACGCUAUUGAAGGUGGUGGUGAUCACACUUUCAUUAAAAAGCUUUGCAAAAAAAUGGGAAGCAUACUCUUAUUCUCACUGAGGCCAACAAUCGCUAAAGAUCAGUCAUCUACCUCAGCCACCUACCAUCCCUGCUUCCCUGCUAAGAAGGUGCAACUCGAUCCUCUUUCCAACACCGCAGUUCCUGAUGAAGAAUAUCAUUCUACAGGUACAAAUCCAAAUGUGAUUAUACACUCACUAAAGAGCAGGCCUCCAAUAACUUACCAGCUUCUCCUGUCAUUUUCCUUUCUUGGCUUAACAGGGGUUUGUGGAAACCAGCUCUUGUUUCUUAUUGGUCUUGGUUACACAAACCCAACUUAUGCAGCAGCUAUGCAGCCCGCAAUACCAGUCUUCACAUUUAUCAUGGCAUCGUUUAUGGGUAUAGAAAAAAUUAAAAUUUCAACAAGAGAGGGCCGGAGUAAGAUCUUAGGCACUGCUGCAUGUAUUUCUGGUGCAGUAGUUAUGCUGAUUUAUAGAGGUGCAGUAUUAGUUGGGGACGGCAAGCUAGAGGUAGUAUUGCACAGUGAAAUGGCUACAGGGGCUUUGUCCAAGAAUGUUGAAUGGUUGCCAUCCGCCUUACUGAAAUAUGGUAUUGAAACAUGGCAUAUUGGUGCAUUGUGCUUGAUCGGUAACUGCUUAUGCAUGGCUAUUUUUCUGGUAUCACAGGCUAAAGUUCUGGUGAAGUAUCCUGCUGGUUUGUCAUUAACAGCAUACAUUUAUUUAUUUGGGGCACUCUUAAUGGUUUUUUCUGGAUUAUUCGCUGCUAAUGAUUAUGAAGAUUGGAUGUUGACAAAGUCAGAGAUAAUUGCAAUUAUUUAUGGUGCAAUUUUUUCUUCUUCCGUCAACUAUAGUUUAAUAGCAUGGUCCAACAAAAUAUUGGGACCGGCUUUGGUAGCGUUAUACAAUCCUCUUCAGCCCGCGAUGUCUGCCUUUCUGUCAACAAUGUUUCUCGGAAGCUCCAUCUACCUUGGAAGUGCUAUUGGUGGAGUUCUGAUCAUCUUUGGCUUGUAUCUCGUCACCUGGGGGCGUUAUGUGGAGAGUGAAGCACCAAAAGUGGCCAAGAAUGGUGAGAACCUGAUCUGGCAACCUUUUCUGCAAGAUGAUUCAACUCCCAGAUGGAAGGGGAAGAAAAGCUUGGUCCUACUUGUUUAGCCUGGAAGAUAGAAGGAUUUAAAUACAGUCUCUUACUUUUCAUAGACAAGCUUCUUAUUUAAUACUAAAGAUUAAAAUGGAAAUUAGGGGCAAGUCAAUAG